GGAAUGCAUGCGGGGGGGCGGGGUAUCUGGCAGGAGAGGAGGACGGCAUUGCUGAUGAUCUUGACCGGCUCCAACAAUGAUGAUUCACGGUUUUAAGAGUAGUAAUCAAGACUUCAAUUUCGGACCAUGGAAGGUCACAGCCAUCAAAACGCACAUUAUGAAGUCAGCCGAUGUGGAGAAAUUGGCAGAAGAUAUGCACAUGCCCUGUCUUCCCGAGAUGAUGUUUGGGGGCAAUGUCUUAAGAAUUCAGCACUCCGCUGGCUUUGGCAUUGAGUUCACGGCCACUGAUGCCCUCAAAAGAGUGAACAAGAACCAGGGAAUCGUCAAAGUGGCUUGUGCGGAAGAGUGGCAGGAAAGUCGGUCAGAAAAUGAGCACAGCAAGGAAAUUGUGAGGCCUUAUGACUGGACCUAUACGACCGAUUACAAGGGAACCUUGCUGGGUAACGACCUGACGUUCAAUGUCGUCUCCACAACCGACCGUAUCAAUACGGAAAAGCUGAAGGCGAGAGAGCAGAUCAUGUUUUUUGAGGAAGUCCUACUGUUCGAAGACGAACUCCAUGAUCAUGGCGUGUCCAGCUUGAGCGUGAAGAUCAGAGUCAUGCCUUCUAGCUUCUUUAUUCUCCUCCGGUUCUUCCUCAGGGUGGAUGGGGUUCUCAUCCGAAUGAGCGACACUCGUCUUUACCACGAGUGCGACAAGACCUUCAUGCUGAGAGAAUACACAUGCAGGGAAAGUCAAAUCAGCAACCUAAGUCAUGUGCCCCCUCCGCUCUACACCGAGCCAAAUGAAAUCUCUCAGUACCUGCCCAUUACCGAAACCAUUUACGAAAAGUUAGAAUUUCCGACAGUAGCACAGACAGGGAUGAGUGACGCUUCCGCUCCAGUAAGCCGACCCGCACCGUGAGAGAAGACACAAGCUGGCACUCGCAGCACGAAGGUGAAGAUCCUCGCCACCCUAAACGUCACCACAUGAUGCUCACGUAAAUACACAGUUUCUACAUGUUUUACGUGUCUGUCACCAAGAUAAGAUGCCUUAGUUUGUCUCGUUGUGUAUUUUCUUGAGUAAUCCAUUGAUCAUGGCAGUAUUCUGUGAAACAAAGCUUUCUGACCCGAAAGACACUUAGAGGCACGUCAGUAAGCCGUGUGAUGACGGUGGAGCACUGUAUUCCUAUGCUCGCCCAUCCAUCGCAUCUUUCAAAAGUUAUGAAAUUUUUGCUGACUUGCACUCAAAACCUAGAUCCUCCUAUCAGUGUCUGCUCCGAUAUAUUAGAAAGUAUGGACUGAUCGGCCUUACUAGAUUCCAUAGGAUCUACUACCCCUCUUAACGUUCCGUAAAGGUAAUUUAAUAAAAAAAAUGGAGUAAAAUGA